AUGGCCGAUCGGCUUCCGGACGAGCUCAUCGUCGCCAUCCUUGAGGAGCUUGCCGCGUCCCGCGUCGGCGGCAACAGCGAGGAGCAGGUCGAGGACAAGGACGUGCAGCGCGCGCUCGCAUACCUAUGUCGAACGUCGCACCGGUUCCGUCGACUCGCGCAACCCGUCUUAUGGCAGCGUGUCGUCCUCGGCGACGGCGCGCGGCUGGACAAGCUGCUUCGCCACGGUGCGCCUGCGUCGCUCGGCCACUUCACCGAGCAGUUCGUCAUCAAGCCAGAUGUCAGCAUCAGCAGUGGCAGGACGGUGUUCGAGUGCCGCAAGGGCGUGUCCAUCGCCACUGUUUGUCCAAAGGUCGUCGAGCUCGUCGUCAACCUCUUCAACCCGCGGUUCUUCUUGGCCUCGCUCGACCACCGACUCGUUGCGUCCCACAAGUACCUACGCCGGCUGUCCCUCGUCCACCUCGAGAUCACCGACCACCCCUUGCCGAGCCUCGCCCACCUCGAGGAGCUCAGCGUCACGCACUGCAAAGCCAAGCCCGACAUCAUCCGCAACUGGAUUGCGCCCCUGCACAUGCCUUCGCUGCGCGUCAUGCACAUCGCCAGCAUAUUGUCGGACGUGGAGUAUGCCCCGCUCGACAUCCUCCUCGACAACUCGAUCAUCGCUCAAGUCGAUGUCAUGCGCAUCCACUGCAGAGUGCUCAGCCUCAGUCACGAGACUCCCGAGCUGGCGAGGUCCACGUCGCCGCCUGUACUGGUGGAUCACGCCGUCGGCCGCAGCGCCCUGAACCGCCAUGAGCUCUGUUUCAAGCCAAGCGCCGAGCAGAUCGAGUACCACCGCUACUAUAGCCUCGACGACACCCUCCAGUUCCUGAGAAAUGACCCGACUGCCGGGUCCGUCGUCCUCGUCUUUCCUCGGUCCUUCCUCGCCCUCGCGCGUACCUCGGUCGACUUUGCCGCCGCCCUUGUCGACGUCGAGGCGCAGUGCGCGAUCAAGGGCGCGCGCAUCAGCUGGUAUAACGACGACGACCCGUUCUCGAUCGUUCCUCGCGAGUUCGUACAGUACGCGCGCGAGCUCAAGGCGGCGAGACGGGCGCGCGAGGAGAAGGGCGGCCGGGCCUGA